AGAAAGAAAAAAAAAAAAACACUGGAGCUGCGUCACUUCCGUCUUCCGGCGGUGCGGUUUUGUUUUGGUCCGCAGUUCCUCCCGAACAGAACCAGAACCGGAACCAUUUAAACACUUUAAACUCUUUAUUUCACUUUAAAACACUUUUAAUCUUCCUCCAUUUCUGCUCUUAUCACCACCCACACUCUGCCCGGGAGUUCGUCCGCAGCGCCGCCGGGAGUUUCCCUCACGCCUCCCCGCCUCACCGUUAGCCUGUAGCCGGCGUCAGCUCCGCGGCUCAGCGGCGUGUCCCGGAGCUUCUGUAGCCGCCUGUCGCGUCUCUUCCCUCGGCCGCUCAUGGCCGCGGACCCGGAGCCUGCGCUGCCGGAGGACGCCGUGGGGAGGCGGGUUUCCUGCGCGGGAGAGCGGGCCACGGUGCGGUACGUGGGCCCGGUACCGCCGACCCAAGGGGUGUGGCUCGGGGUGGAGUGGGACAAUCCUGACAGAGGGAAACAUGACGGAGUCCACGAGGGAAUGCAGUACUUCACCUGCAGCGUGCCUGGUUCUGGUUCUUUCGUGCGUCCGUCUAAAGUGUCCUUCGGUCUGGACUUCCUGACGGUCGUGCAUCAGGUUUACGACGUGGACCGGGACCAGAUCCUGAGUGAAGACGUCAGCGUCGAGUGGAAACAUGGCUGGGAGCACAGCCUCGAGAGCCUCUCGUCCGUCAUCCUGAACCGCCGCGACGUGAGCCGAGCCGGAGCCCACGGAGAGAUCCGGAAAACCACGCCCAAUGUGCGGUGGUUGGACCUGAGCCGCACUCUGAUUGGUCGAUGGGACGACGUGGCGGCGAUCGCUGAACAGAUGGAGGCGCUGGAGGGACUGCAGCUCAGUUUUAACCGGCUGCAGUUGCCCUCGGACCCGCCCGGACUCUCUGGAGCCUUCACCAACCUCCGGGAGCUGGCUCUGAACGAGUGCGCCCUCUGCUGGACUCAGGUGCUGCAGGGCGCCCCCAUGUGGCCACAGCUGGAGGACCUGAGUCUGGAGGGAAACCACAUCUCCACUCUGUCCAAUCCUGGUCCAGACUUGCUGCAGAACCUGAAGUCCCUGAAUCUGUCCCGGAACCGUUUGGACCAGGACUCGGUUCUGGCCCUGUCGUCUCUGCCCAGACUGGAGCGGCUGAACUUGUCUGAAACCGGGUUUUCUUCGAUCCAGUUCACAGACGCCAAACCAGGAGAAGAGAACAAACCGUUUCCUGUUUUGAGGAACUUGAACCUCAACAACAACAACAUCAGUGAGGUGGAGCCGGAGGAGCGCAGGGGGGCGGAGCUCGACUACCUUAAACUGUUCGGGGAGGCGUGGCUAAAGGCCGGGGGGCGGAGCCAGCUCAGUCCAGACUUCAUCACAGACCAUCCCCGAUACCAAGACCUGGUCCAGAAGUUUGGAGCUGAGGAAGAGUCUCUGAUGAAGAAACCUCAAACCUUCACUUUGAAGAACCAACUCCUCAAGAUCUCGUUUGAGUUUCCGAGCGACUCUGACAGGAAACGUCUGGAGAAGAAACUCCCAGAGACGAUGGAGGUGCAGAAGGUCAAAGUUCUCCUCAACAGAAUCCUGAAGGUCCCAACCACAGACCUCCACCUGUCCUACACCUCCCCCAAGGCGGUGGGGACAGAGUACCAGUUGAACAAUGAUCUGAAGACUCUUCAGUUUUACUCGAUCGAAGACGGAGACACAGUCCUGGUCCGGUGGUCCUGAUCCAGAUCCUGGUCUAGUCCUGGUCCGGUGGUCCUGAUCCUGAUCCAGAUCCUGAUCCUGGUCUAGUCUUCGCCUGGAUUCAAGUCCAAACUACAAGAAAAACUGACAGUGUUACAGAAUCCACUCUAACAUCUGUGCCAGACUUUCAAACCUGGUCCGGUCCCGGUCCGGUCCGGUCCUGGUCCGGUCCCGGUCUGGUCCUGGUCUGGUCCUGGUUUGUGUUCUCGUUGCUCUUCGUGUAAAUCCAGAUUAAACCUGUUUCCUUCAA